AUGGACAAGGUCAACGUUUCGGGGUUGAAGGCGCUGCGGGGUGCGAUGGUAACAUUCAUCAAGGAGCACGUCGCUCUGAAACGGUCGGGCCGUGUCGGACUUGCUCACGACGCCUGUGACGACGACGGCGAGGAGCCCCCUUCGGCAUCCCAAGCAGUCGGUGUCGCCGACACCCGCGGAGAGGCCACAGGCGGCGUCGACGACGCAGAUGGGGAGGCAGGACGGGCGGUGCCGCGGACCGGGGAUCAGGAAGAGGAAGAGGAGGAGGAGGAGGAGGAGGAGGAGGAGGAGGAGGAGGAGGCGGAGGAGGAGGAGGAGGCGGAGGAGGAGGAGGCGUCCACCGAUGAUCGGGAUGAUAACGAGGAGGAGCGUGAGGAGCGUGAGCAGGGGCAGGAGGAGGACGAGGAGGAGGAGGAGGUGGAGGGGGUGGCGGAGGCCGUGCAGCAGGCGGUGGAGCAGGUGGUGGACGAGGAGAAGCAGCAAGAGGGGGACGCCGAGGUGGGUCCUGGCGGCACUGGGAGCAAGGGAGCCGAUGGGAGCGGGGGUACUAGCAUGGUCGACCAGCUCAAGAAGAACGGGGCCAGGGUGAUAAGGACGCACAGCAAGGGUGAUGGAAUCAGGAGUGCGGAGGGGGGCCCUGCCGACCAGGUUGCCGCUCAAGAGGCUGGACCAACAGCUUCGCCAUUGGUGGCCGAGAAGCCCCCCAGUCUAGCAACCGCACCAACGGCGAUAGAUGGCGGCGCCGAAACCGGGAAGGGGCCGUCUGGGGGGGUGACGGGGACCACGUCGAUUCCCCGCAAACCCCCUGCGGCUAGCAGCGCGCCGGUCGCCCCGUCAGCCGCCAAGGACGAUGGGCCGUCCCUUGCGGCUACUCCAGCACCAGCAGGCCCGUCUGCCGCCAAGGAUGAUGCGGCUAACCGCCCUGGUCCGUCCGCCCCAAAGGCGAACGCGCUCAUGGAAAUGCUCCGCCGCAUGGAGACCCAUCGCCCGGGCGUGCAGCCGACUCCCGUGGUCGGUGCCGCUCCGUCCAAACCGGAACGUCGCUCGGUCGCUCCGCAGGUCGGCGCCACAACGUCCAGUGCCCCACCUACCGCGCCUGACAUCGCCGGCCGUCCUCCUGUGGACCCCAAGUCCGCCCUGCUUCGCGCCCGGUUAGGCGCACGUACUGCGGCAGCGCCAGCACGGGCUCGGACAGAAGCCGGCUCAAGCGCGACGCCGACGUCGGUAACCGUAGCUGCACCCUCACUCGGUGCAGCUACUGUCGAGGAGGUGGCGGAGAAGGGCGUGAGUGCAGCGCUAGCCACGGGCGGUCGAUCCGUCGACCCUGCACAGGCGGCGAAAGGCCAGCGCGACGCCGACAUCGAUGCCAUCAAGGACCUGUUGGAAGCGGUAAACCGCCCCGGGCAGCCCCCUGUUCUGGCCAUCUCGGACUCGGCGCAUGUGGAGCACUCGGCGAGUCCCCCCGGUAGAACAGCGGAGCUAAAGACGACCACUGCAGCUGUGGUGGUCACCAAGUCGAAACAGAAGGGAACGGCCGACACAGGGAAAGGGAGGCCGAGCUCGCAGAGGACAACACGGGGGAAGUCGGUGGAGAAAGGGAAGGAGAAGGAGAAGGAGAAGGAGAAGGAGAAGGAGAAGGAGAAGGAGAAGGCGGAGGCGAAGGAGGAGGAGAAGGCGAAGGAGGAGGAGAAGGCGAAGGAGAAGGAGAAGGCGAAGGAGAAGGAGAAGGCGAAGGAGGAGGAGAAGGCGAAGGAGGAGGAGGAGGAGGAGGAGGAUGAGGAGGAGGAGGAAGAGGAGGUGGAAGAGGCGGCGGAGGAGGAGGGCGAGCAUGAUGCUAAGGAGGAGGAGAAGGUGAAGGUGAAGGUGAAGGAGAAGGGACGGAAGGGUCAUGGCAUCCGCCACGACAACUCGGGCGACAAGCAAGGGUGGGUGGGCGAGAUUAAGGUGGCCGGGAACGAGAGUAGAUACAUCGGCAAGUCGCGCGACAAGAUGGAGCUGGCGUACCUCCACUCGAUUGUGUACCUCCUUUACGACGGUUACGUCAGCAAGAUUCUCAUGGACGAGCUCACCAGCUUGACAGAAACCACGAAGAAGCAGUGGAGGGCGGUGUGGGAGGAGGUCAGGAUCUUGCCGACCGGGAUGUGGACGGUGAUAUGGGCAAGGGGCGCUUUCCUCCCAAAGACCCGGUUCGAUGACAUUCUCGGCAAGUAUCAAGCGUACAAGACAUCAGGCGAUGAGCACCACGCCGCACUCUUGCCGGCGAUCUGGUUCCCGGUCGAUGCCGACUCGAAGGAAGGGAAGGCGAAGUCGGAUGCAAUGAUGUCGGCCAUGAUUGAUCGCGUGUCCUUGUGCGCUGCGUAUGGGAAAGUCGCUGCUGCCGCGGCGAGGAAGGAGGGCGAAACGGAUGAGACGACGGCGUUGGUGGCACAGGCGCUAUCGGCCUCCGCUUGCGCCCUGUGGUGCUUAGUCGAGGGCGACGCCGCCCAGGUGGCCGAUGCUGUGCGCGAAGGGAAGGCGGCGGCGAUGGUGGUCGGUGCGAGCGGGAAGACCGGUGAUGAGUUCAUGAAGGUCAUGACGGCGGUGCUGGAGGCCGCGAAGAGCAGGGAGCAACCCCUCGGGGAGGUUGCGUACAACGUCGCAACGGUGCUGGAGUCUGCAGCUCUGGCGAGAGCCUAUCCGGGGUUGGAUGGAGAAGUCGAAGCCCAAGUGAUCGCACGAGCGACGGUGGAAACCAUGGCGUUCUAG